UCACUGGACUGAUUUAGGAAACGUGUCCUUAUGACUGAGCACGCAUAUCAAUGAGAAACACAUCGAGCUGACACACACCGCACUAUUCUCUCUAAAAACACACUUAGCUCACACUCACAACAGCACUUCUCUCUCUAAAGAUCACUAUUUACACACGCUGAAUCAUGGCUGAUGUGGAGCAGAGUGCAGCGGUGCCGGACGGGUCCAGUAAUGCUUCGGAUCCGGUGAACGGGACCGCGGGCCGGUUUGCGUCCAGCGCCGAGGGCACCGCGCUUGCGUACGGUAGCCUGCUGUUUAUGGCACUGCUGCCCAUCUUCUUCGGAGCUCUCAAAUCCGUGGGCUGCUCCAAGACUAAGAAUGCUUCAGAUAUGCCCGAGACCAUCACAAGCAGAGAUGCUGCACGCUUCCCCAUCAUUGCCAGCUGCACUCUCUUUGGCCUAUAUCUUUUUUUCAAGAUUUUCUCUCAGGAGUACAUAAACUUACUGUUAUCCAUGUAUUUCUUCGUGCUGGGAAUAUUAGCACUGUCACACACAAUGAGUCCCUUCAUGUGCAGGGUUUUCCCUGCCAACCUGCCGAAUAAACAGUACCAGCUGCUGUUCACACAGGGAUCAGGAGAGAACAAAGAGGAGAUUGUCAACUAUGAGUUUGACACUAAAGAUCUGAUCUGUUUGGUUAUCAGCAGUGUGGUGGGGGUCUGGUACAUCCUCAAGAAGCAUUGGGUAGCCAAUAACCUUUUUGGUCUGGCUUUUGCCUUGAAUGGAGUUGAGCUGCUCCACCUGAAUAAUGUGAGCACUGGCUGCAUUCUACUGGGUGGUCUGUUCGUUUAUGAUGUGUUCUGGGUGUUUGGCACCAACGUUAUGGUGACUGUUGCCAAGUCCUUUGAAGCCCCAAUUAAGUUGGUUUUCCCACAAGAUUUAUUGGAGAGAGGUUUGGAUGCCAGUAACUUUGCCAUGCUGGGACUGGGAGACAUUGUCAUUCCAGGAAUCUUCAUCGCUCUGCUCCUGCGCUUUGAUGUCAGUUUAAAGAAGAACACAAGAACAUAUUUCUACACCAGUUUCCUAGCGUACAUCUUCGGUCUGGGUCUUACCAUAUUCGUCAUGCACACCUUCAAACAUGCUCAGCCUGCUUUGCUCUAUCUGGUCCCUGCGUGUGUUGGGUUUCCAGUGCUGGUGGCACUUUUUAAAGGAGAACUGACCGAGAUGUUCAGGUACGAGGAGUCAUCUCCGGAGGAAGUGUCAUCAAAAGAUGAAAUGACAGAAUCUGAUAAAGACAAAUAAAAGUGGAAAUAAUCCUCAUUCAUGUUCUCCAUUUGUUUGUCGCAGUGAUGUGUUCAUGCAGCAGACUGUAGUAGUCUGUUUAUGCAACAUGUUCUAACUGUUUUAAAGAUGUAUGACAGCUUUAUCAGUGCUUCUGUAUCACCCUUUUCUGCUCAUUUCAUUGCCUUCCAAUACUCAUUGGAUUAUUUUAUUACAUAUUUGCUUUCAAUGUCCAGAAUUUUACUUGACAUAUAUAUAUAUAUAUAUAUAUUAGACUGUUUGCAUGUAAGGUUAUUUCAUUAUGCAGUUUUAUUACAAAACUAUCUGAUAUCAUACAUGCCAAUCUACCCAUUCUCAAAGUAUUUUCAAUUUUUUCAGUAAAAAAAAAUAUAUUUAAACUUAAACAUUUCUUCAGAACCAAACUGGUAAAAUACUUGUAAGAGAUUUAAAUGAAAAACAAGACAAAAAUACUGAUUACGAUGUUUAGCAAUUUUAUGACUAAGCACAUUUUAUAAAAAAUGUUUUGGUCUUUACACAUGAAUUUCAUGAGGGUAUUUUCAAAUGAUAUUUAAAAGCAUUCUGAGCAUUAGUUUUAAUGUAUCUGUAUAAAUAUAGAGCAAAAAAGGACCAAAUCUCUCCCUAUGAAAUUAUGGUUAUGUUUAAAGUUUCUGGCAUUUUCACUAUGUAGUUUAGAGGAAGGAUUGUCAGGAUAAAUUGAGCCGUUUCUAUGCCAUAUUGAGUGCAGAUUUUGUCUGUUUGUACACCUUGUGUUCAGCUCGGUUCAAUAACCAUUUUACAAUCUCUUCUUGUUUAAUUGUUUUUUUUUUCUCAAUGUAAAAGUGCAAGUAUUGGCUUAUAAGAGGAGUAUUUUUCCUUUUAUUAUUUGAAUUUUAUUUUGUAUUAUUUGCAUUAAACUGUGGUUUAUACUGCUGUAGAGAAGCAUAUCACCAUUGUUUGCUUGAGUGCUUUGAAAUAAUUUUUCUGUUAUCAGAGACUGUCAACAUAACUUAUACAUGUUCAAAUACAGUCUGCUCUUACCUUCUACUAUCACGCAUCACUAUCACUCAGUACAUUCAAAAUCUGGGAUUCUAAGGCUAAUUUACACUAGGAUUUUGAAUGAUUUCAAUAACAUUGAAUCAUUAUUGAAUUAAAUGAAUUUGUUUCCACUCUAUUUCUAGGACACUAAUCGAAUGUUGGCCAAUUUAUGACAUGUUUAAAGGAAUAUUUUACCAAAAAAUGAAAUUUCUCUCAACAUUGACUUACCCUCAUUCCAUCCAAGAUAUGUAUGACUUUCUUCUGCUGAACACAAACGAAGAUGUUUUGAA